GAGGAGGUGGGGACAGGGGGCGGGGCUACUUCAGGUCCCGCCCGUGGCGCGGCCUGUGGGCUGCGAGGAGGAGCCUUGCCUAACUUGCAGGCAGCGCAGGGCAGACGGCGGCAGGAGAAGCGGUCGUGGGCAGGAUGAAUGCAGGCUCAGAUCCCGUGGUCAUAGUCUCGGCGGCGCGGACCAUCAUAGGUUCCUUCAAUGGUGCCUUAGCUACUGUUCCUGUCCAGGACCUGGGCGCAACUGUCAUCAAAGAAGUCUUGAAAAGGGCCACUGUGAUUCCAGAAGAUGUGUCUGAGGUCAUCUUUGGACAUGUUUUGGCAGCAGGCUGUGGGCAGAAUCCUGUUAGACAAGCCAGUGUGGGUGCAGGAAUUCCCUACUCUGUGCCAGCAUGGAGCUGCCAGAUGAUCUGUGGGUCAGGCCUAAAAGCUGUGUGCCUUGCAGCCCAGUCAAUAGCGAUAGGAGACUCCAGCAUUGUGGUUGCCGGAGGCAUGGAAAAUAUGAGCAAGGCUCCUCACUUGGCUCACUUGAGAACAGGAGUAAAGAUAGGUGAGAUGCCGCUGACUGACAGUAUACUCUGUGAUGGUCUUACAGAUGCAUUUCACAACUAUCAUAUGGGUAUUACAGCUGAAAAUGUAGCCAAAAAAUGGCAAGUGAGUAGAGAAGAUCAGGACAAGGUUGCAGUUCUGUCUCAGAAUAGGACAGAGAAUGCACAGAAAGCUGGCCAUUUUGACAAAGAGAUUGUACCAGUUUUGGUGUCAUCUAGAAAAGGUCUUAUUGAAGUUAAAACAGAUGAGUUUCCUCGCCAUGGGAGCAACAUAGAAGACAUGUCCAAGCUAAAGCCUUACUUUCUUACUGAUGGAACAGGAACCGUCACCCCAGCCAAUGCUUCAGGAAUAAAUGAUGGUGCUGCAGCUGUGGUUCUUAUGAAGAAGUCAGAAGCUGAUAAACGUGGGCUUACACCUUUAGCACAAAUAGUUUCCUGGUCCCAAGUGGGUGUGGAGCCUUCCAUUAUGGGAAUAGGACCAAUUCCAGCCAUAAAGCAAGCUGUUACAAAAGCAGGUUGGUCACUGGAGGAUGUUGAUGUAUUUGAAAUCAAUGAAGCCUUUGCAGCCCUCUCUGUUGCAAUAGUUAAAGAACUUGGAUUAAACCCACAGAAGGUCAACAUUGAAGGAGGGGCUAUAGCCUUGGGCCACCCUCUUGGAGCAUCUGGCUGUCGAAUUCUUGUGACCCUGUUACACACACUGGAGAGAACAGGCGGAAUUCGUGGUGUUGCGGCCCUGUGCAUUGGGGGUGGGAUGGGAAUAGCAAUGUGUGUUCAGAGAGGAUGAAUUGCUUAAACUUUGAACCACCUCAAUUUCUUUUUAAACUAAUAAAGUACUAGGUUGUUAUAUGUGAAAUCAAAGGACCAAAACACAGAUGGAAACCAUUUCCUAUAUGACAAAAACCCAAGUUUACAGCUUGUUGUACUUUAAUGUGUAAUACUUAAGUCAAGGUACAAGACAAUUGCAUUUAACAUUGUUAUAAAUAAAAGAGACAUCAGAUCAAUCAUUAA